AUGUUGGAGACUAACUAUUCUGAACCAAUUGAAUUCAUAUUUAUAGGAUUUACUGAUUAUCUCUUUCUUAGAAUCACACUGUUCUUGGUAUUUUUCAUAGUAUAUGCAUUAACUGUGGUGGGAAAUAUGAGUUUAAUAAUCCUAGUUAAUAUUGACUCAAGUCUCCAAACCCCCAUGUAUUACUAUCUCAUCAAUUUAUCUUUCUUAGACAUCAGCUGUUCCACAACCAUUGCUCCUAAAAUGCUGGUAAACUUCCUGUCUUCUAAGAAGAGCACCUCAUUCCAUGGCUGCGCUGUACAGAUGUUUUUCUUUGCUUGUUUUGCGGAUGCCGAGUGCCUUAUCCUGGCAACAAUGGCAUAUGACCGAUAUGCAGCCAUCUGUAACCCACUCCUCUAUUCCACACUGGUGUCUCGGAGGGUCUGCAUCAGCCUUGUUGUCCUGGCUUAUUCUUGUGGAAGUGUGACCUCACUGGUGCAUGUCUCUCUCACAUUUAGGCCUCCAUUUUGUGAUUCCAAUGUUGUCAAUCAUUUUUUCUCUGAUAUCCCACCUCUCUUGACUUUAUAGUGUUUAGAUACCCACAUCAAUGAGCUUCUGUUCUUUGCCUUAUGUGGCGCAAUUCAGAUCAGCUCUUUUCUGGUCAUCUUUAUCUUUUAUUUCUGCAUUCUUCUUACUGUUUUGAGCACCAAGUCCUCAGUACGCAGAAGCAAAACCUUCUCUACAUGUGCUUCCCAUCUCAUAACAGUCACCUUGUUCUAUGGAACACUCCUGUUUAUGUAUUUACGUCCCACCACCAGCUAUUCUCCAGACACGGAUAAGGUGGUUGCAGUGUUUCAUACUGUUGUCUUUCCUAUGUUUAAUCCAAUAAUCUAUAGCUUCAGGCACAAGGACGUGAAACAUGCCCUCAAAAAACUAUAUGAAAGAAAGUGGUCUGGUGCUUGGCUCAAGUGGUAG